AUGGAGGGCGAAGGGCCGAGCCUCCCUCUCCCCCUGCUGGCGGACGCCCCGCCGGAGGAGGCGCGGCCGUGGAGCCCCGCGGUGGUUCUCAGGAUUGGCGGCGGCUGGCUAGUGUGGAAGGCGGUGCGCGAGGGCAGGCCGUGGUGGUGGGCCUUGGCCGGAUGCGCGGUGCUCGCGGCGUACGGCUUCGUCCCCACCUUGCAGCCGAUCGACGACUUCGGGCGCCUCUACGCGGUCUACGGCGGCGUCUUCAUCGGUAUGAGCUUCGCCUGGGGCAGGGUCUUCGACGGCGUGCCGGUGGACAUGGGCGACGCCGUGGGGUCCGCGAUCUGCCUCGUCGGUAUCGCGGUGAUCCUUUUCUGGCCGCGCCAGGGCUGA